UAAGCGUGCACCGUGCACAGUACCUUCUAGAAUGUUGCUGAAAGAAACAGUGUUUCUUUUCCUGCUUCAUCUAUUUUUUAUGGAUGUGGUAAGUGGGAUUUAGUUUUUACCAUCACCGAAUUGAUAGAAAAAAAGUAACACGUGAUUUUCGAUUUGUACAAAACGUUGCGCGUUUAAAUUCCAUCAACUUGAAGAUGAUGGUUUUAAAAUCAAUUAAGUGUUGAUAUCAAUUAAGUGACCAGACGUUGGCAUUCACCUGUCCGUUCUUCGUAGCUCGGGGUGUAAGAGUGACCUACAAAUCCGAUACCUGAGUGGCAGUCUUGGCUAAAAUUGUCAUAGGGGACAUUUCAAUUCUGUUUUCCUCGUCUUUCCUUUGUGCUUUUAGCUAUUUUGUUUUUAUUUUUUUGGUACCCACUUGCCGUGUCUAAAAGAAAUUCACCAGUUACUCAUAAAUUCAACAAACAUCGCACACCUUGUAGUCAGAUACUUGCAUUCCAUGGGAGCCACGUCUUAGUUUGACAAGCUAACAGUGUGACCUUUUGCUGUAUAAGUACCUGCUUACCAAGUUGCUUUAAUUAUAUACUUAGGGGUAAGUAGCCAGCGACGUAAGUCUAGUGUUAAAUUCCAGUGGUUGGCAUGCACACUCACUUGCUGCAGCUCUUGAAGGGAGAAUGACCAAGAUGAAGAGGAGUAUCCAGCCUGGUUUUAGCCUUUCCGGGACAGAGCUUUUCGUAGUUAAUGUGCCAAAAAGACGGAGCACUUUUUACGAGCUGGGCACUCGCAAUGCAAAAAGAGACAUGUAUAAAAAUAUAAACUAUUUCCUUUGGCUGCGGCUAUUUGGACCCGGGUCCGAGAAGUGAGAGUUUGGGCUUAUUAAAAAAUAUUUAAAAGUUAUUGCAGGGUUUGUAAGACAAAAUUAUGUAUCAAAUGAAAGAUUAUUGAAUGGAUUAUAUUUUUGUAAACUUACUACUUCAGUUUAACUAAAAUAAACUACAACAAAUGAUAUCCGAAUAGCAUUCAGUAAAAAUGGACCCGGACACUCAGCGCCGCUAUUCGGACCCGGGUCCCUUAUAGCCUUAAUAACAGAUAGGUGAAACUUGGCUUUAUUGGAAACUGUCAGUAUAAUUUUGUAGAGAUAUAUCUUGGUUGCGUUGUAAUUAUUUUAUAAGAUCAAAGGGUGAUCAAGUGGUCUAUUUUGCAUGAAUUUUGCAUACCCCCCCCCCCGAUCAAAAUUUUCUCAUACUAUAUUACUUUAAAAAGAUCUAUAUUUUAACAAAUAUAAAUACAUUUUUAAUUAAAAUGGGGAAAGUUAAAGUUUUCAUUAGAUGUUUAAAAAAAAAUUGAUAUUCACUAUUUAUCAUUUUUUUUAGAAUAAAAAGAAUCUAAAUAUUGAUACACCAACUAUCAUUUUUAGAUGUAUGCAUAAUGUAUGCGUGAACGAAUGUCAAAAUAUCUAAAUCUUUUGGUUUCGGCUUCGGUUUAACCCGAGAGUCUCGUUAAUCUUUUUUGGUUUCGGCUUCGGUUUCAGCCGAAAUAAAUAAAACAUACUUUCGGUCGCUCUCUAAUCUAUAUAUCACUUACAGCCCAUACAGUUCUUGUCUACCAAUGAAACGGGAUACGUAUAUAUUAUCUAUAUAUCACAACCAUAAAGUUUUAUCCACGACUGACAGCUGAUUACAUUCCCUUACAUGCCGACCUGCAUCUUAAUAUUAUUCUUGUAAAGAUGCGAUGUUGAUUUUGCACGCCUUGUGUCACAUUACGUGCACGUUUACCAUUACAGAAGAGUGUACGUUUAUAUAAAACCGGCAAUCUGUACACUGACGCAUCCCUGACUAUAGAUAGUUUUAGGUAGAUAAAAGGGAGAGGAGACAAUCGGAUAAGAGUGUUAUUUAGUAGAGCAAAAUCGUAUAGGUAAAAGAAAGACAUAUUAGAGAAAGAUAAUAAGUUGCAGCUUUAAAUGUAAGAAGGGUUUUCAUCUGAAUACCUUCAUCCGUCAACUCAACAAACAAAACAAAGAAGAAAGAAACAACAAAACAACAACAGCAAAAAAAAAACAAAAAAAAAAAAAAAUAUACUAAUAUUAAAAAAAAUAAAAAAAAAAAAUUAAAAAAAAGGAACAAAGAAACAAAUGGAUGACAAGAAUGAAAUGAAAAAGUUAGUAGAAUAUAGUUAAGAGAAUAUUUUUAAACAAAAAAAAAAAAAAAAAAAAAAACAACAAAACAACAAAAACAAAAAAAAAACAAAAAAAAAAAAAAAUAUACUAAUAUUAAAAAAAAUAAACAACAACAAUUCAACACAAGGCACAAAGAAGCAAAUGGAUGACAAGCCUGAAAUGAAAAAGUUAGUUGAAUUUUGUUAAGAGGAUAUUUUUUAAAUAUAGAACUAAUAUAAAAAUGGAGGGUAAUAGAAGCUCACUAGAAAUCAUGUUAUUGUCUAGAAGCUUAUUGCAAUUUGGAACCAAAUUUGAAUGCAUUUAUUCAUUUACAUUCAUUUGAAUUGUUGAAUAAAUAGACGAGAAUAAAAAAAAAACUUAGAGUAAGUGGCUACGUCGGAUUUCCUUCUGGAGGUGGAGUGUGAGCUGUGUUCGAAAAAGCCUCGGCUAGAACAGUAGUAACCGACUCCAUCUGUUGGGCUGUGCCAUAUCAAAUCUACUAACAAAGGACUCUCCCUACGCCCUGGCUUCACAAAGUCGAGCUUUGGUCACGAAGUCAGGAGGUGCGAUGCUGUCUACGGGCAAUACUGGCAUGUAGGGUCCUUGUUUGCAUAGCCCGUUUAAAUAAGAGCUAGAAGUGCAAUGUUAAUUCCUGAUUUUAGUCGGCGACCGCGCUUCCACCAGGGAUCCGUUUUGCUUGUUUGUGGCAUCUUGGUGUAUACACCUCUGGCCUUCGUGCUUUUUGGCCACUGUCCGAACCACUAUUUUCACCGAGAUAAGUGAGUGUUGUUUUUGGCUGGGUCUGGGCAGCACAGUUUUUGCGUAUUUCUCCGCUCAUUUCACUGCCCUUCAGUGUUACGUGGCUUGCACUUUUACAUUACUGCUUUCCUUCUAAAAAAGUUUCAAUAGCUCUAACAACUUGUAUGAGUUUUUUUGAAGUUCAAAUAUAUAUAACAAUAUAUUUGAUUCUACUGACUACAUUUGGCACGAAUACAAUGAAAUCUCCUUUUAGUUUAGCACCCCUUAGGUUGAGACCCUUCAUUGUGAAACAAUGAAAGAAAAUAUACUUGAGAAAAUGAAUCCUGAUCGGGAAAAUGAUAAAUUUUUGACAAUUAUUUGGUCACUUUGCAUGUGGACAGUGAAGAUAGAAUUUUUUUUAAAAAUAUAGUUUACUUUUAUAAUUAUCAUUUUAUAAAUCUUAGAUGUGAAAGCCACAAUGAAAAAUGAAUCACGGAAAAUAGUCAAGUACUGGAGAGGUGGGCUGAAUAUUUUGAGGACAUACCGAAUGAAGACAAUAGACAAGAAGAAGAUUAUCAACUCCCACAGGGAGGACCAGACCCGUUUAUACAAUGCCAAACUCUAGAAGAAACCAAAGAGGUAAUUAAUUACAUGACAAAUCACAAAGCCCCGGGACAAGACCUUAUCACAGCAGAACUGAUUAAAUAUGGAGGACAAGAACUACACAAUCAGAGACAUAAACUUAUAACUAAAAUUUGGCGAGAAGAGAAAAUCCCAACAGAAUGAGAAACAGCAUUAAUGAUCCCAAUACACAAGAAAGGCUCCGAACUUCAGUGCACAAACUAAAGAGGAAUCUCCCUAUUAAAUGUUACAUACAAAAUACUGACGAAGCUUAUUGGCAAAAGACUUACACUGAAGAAAUACUAGGUAAUUACCAAUGCGGAUUCAGGCCUAACAGAUCAACGACUGAUCAGAUUUUCACCAUCAGAUGCGUACUAGACAAAUGCUAUGAAUAUAAUAUACCAGUACAUCAACUCUAUGUGGACUUUAACAUGGCCUAUGACAGCAUAAAAAGAAAAUAUCUAAAUGAGACUCUGCAGGAGUUUGGGAUACCCAGUAAACUGACAAGACUAAUACAGGUAACACUAAAAAACUCAAAAAGCAAAAUCAAGAUUCAAGGAGAAUAUUCAAUGGAAUUUCAGAUUAGACGAGGCCUAAGACAGGGAUACUCACUGUCUUGUAUGCUUUUUAGCCUAACAUUAGAGACAGUUAUGAGAAACAUACACAUUUCCACUCGAGGAACGAUAACAGGAUACUUGCUGAGGGAAAUUCAAGACCCACAACCAAUGGGCACACUCUACAUCCAACCACUUCAGUAUAUUGCAUAUGCUGAUGACAUAGUACUGCCAGGGAAAAGUUAUAAAGACAUAUCAAAAUCCUUUAUUGGAUUAGAAGACGCAUCACUACAAGCAGGGCUGGAAGUUAACAACCAAAAAACAAAAUACAUGAACACGAUAAGAGAAGAUCAAACAGAUGAAGGAAUUAUAAUUAGAAACCAGACUUUUGAAUAAGUAAAUCAAUUCAAAUACCUAGGAUCUUUGUUAAAUGAAAGAAACGAAUUACUAACAUAAAUAAAAGAAAGAAUAUCAGCCGGAAACAGGGCAUACUUCAGUUGUCAGAAAAUACUCAAAAGUAAAAACAUUACAAGAGAAAAAAAGAAAACUAUUUAUAAAACUGUAAUCAGACCAGCUUGAAACAUAUUCAAGUGAAACUUGGACCCUAACAAAAACAGCAGAAAACCUUUUAAACUCAUGGGAGAGGAAAGUUCUCAGGAAAAUAUAUGGGCCAACAAAGGAUGAAUAUGGAUGGAGAAUACGAACCAACCAGGAAUUAUACAGUCUAUAUCAGGAUCCCACGAUAGUGGCAAAAAUAAAAAGAGGCAGGCUACGCUGGGCAGGACUCUUAGAGAGAAUGCCAAUAAAUGAGGAAAAGGGCUCAAAGACAGACCUAGGCUUAGAUGGAUGGAUGAUGUGGAAGAAGAUCUACAACAGCUGAAAGUCCAAGCAUGGAAAAGAAAGCAUUAGUUAGAUCUGAGUGGAAAGAAGUGGUGAGGCAGGCCAAAGCCCUACAUGGGCUGUAGCGCCAUAGGGAUGCAUGGAUGGACGUCUUAGAUGAAAUUAUUUUUAUUUACUAUACGAAAUGUUAAUAAUCUACCUUGAUUAAUGUAAUCUAUUUGUAUGCCACAGGUGAACAUGAGGGUUUGUUCAAAUCGUCGUCGUCGAUACGUUGAUUCAAACUGCUGUCCAGGUGAGAGUUACGUUUCUUUCAUUAAAAAAUGUUUUUCAUUUCUUUCAAUUUUUUAUCCAUUUAAAUUGCAAUAAAAGACCAAUAAAUUAAGCUAGAUAUGGACGGAAGACGGAAUUUUCUGGAAUAAAACAAAUGUUGCCCCACUAUGUUAUUUUCCAACUGCUAAAAUAAAAUUGCUUUAAUAUAUCUUCGAAAAAAUAAAACAAACAAACCUAGCGUAUAAGUAACUGCAUCAAUGUUUGAAAUUAAUGCCCUCAUUUUCCCACUAAAAUAAUACACUCAGAUAGUAGUAAAAAUCUUUGUGCUUUUUACAUUUAUUUAAAUACCAGCUGAUGCAUACGACGGUGACUAUGGAUACCAAUGUAAUUCAUUGUGCUUAAGGUGUAGCAAUGGAUUUCGGUGUGUGAAUGGACGGUGUAUCUGUCCGACAACACAAAUUUAUUUCUCUGGAAAUUGCAUUAUAGGUAAAUGUUCGUGUCGGUGUUAGUAUCUUUAACCAUGCAUCAACCUACCUACCCGCCCACUUGCCUACCUGUCUGCUCUGAUGUCUAGCUACCUACCCACAUACAUACCUAACUACCUAUCUGCAUACCUACCUAAAAAUCAACCAACCAAUCAACCUACCUACCUACCUACCUAUCUACAUACCUAUCUACAUACCAAUCUAUAGAUCUACCUACCUACAUACCUACCAACUUACUUUCCUACCUAUCUACCAACCAACUUACUUACCUAGUUACCUAGUAAUAUAUCUGCCUACCUAUAUAUCUACUUAUUUACAUAGCUUCUAUGCAUCUACCAAAUUACCUACCUAUCUACCUACAUUCAUAAUACCUACCUACUUACCUAACUACCUACUGACAACCAUAAUGUUUAAAUAGAAUGUUUCGUGGAUUAUGAUAAUAGAAAUAAUAACCAUGAGCAGGCUAUUUUAGGUAUCAAACCUGGUAUGCUCUUAAACCUGAAGGAAAAUGUUUGACCGCCUUUUCAAGGACUCACAUACUGUGCUCAGUAUGCUUUGAUUCAAGGUGACUUAUAGGUUAGGUCCGGCUCAAUAAAACUUGUUAACACUUCACCACGUCAAGGUGAGGUUUUGAAAUAACAUCUUACCGUCUUGGUCAUUUAACUGCACACAACGUUUAGAUUAACUUACAUCCGUAUGUGGAAAAAAAAAAUUAAAUGCAGACAAAAAGAUAUUUCAAAUUGGAUCUAGUUUUUAAUCAUUGUAGCACACUUUUGACUGAUUCCUAAUUCAAAUGAAAUCUUCAUAACCAUUCCAUAACUUGCCAGUCUAAUAGUCUCUCUAAUAAAAAAAAUCCGUUCUAAAACAGUCAUAUGUUUCUCUUCUGUUUGAUCUCCACUAUUUAAAGCUAAAGAUUACGGAACAGCAUGCACGGCAAGUGGAGAAUGUAAGGAUACUUUGACAUGUGAUGGUACUUGUAAAUGUCUUUCCCAUGAGUACUUUGACAGGACGUGUAAAAACAGUAAGUAAGAAAAACAUUCUCCAACAAAGAGAGAGAGAGAGAGAGAGAGAUAGAAAGAGAGAGAGGGGGGGAGGGAGAGAGAGAUAAAUAGAAAGAGCGACUAAGAGGAUAAAGAGAGGGGUGGAAGAAAGAGAGGGAUUAAUAGAAAGAGUGAGAGCAAGAGAAAAGGAGAUGUAUAGAUUGAAAGGGGAAGUGAGAGAGAAAGAGUGAUAUAUGGAGAGAUAAUUUGAGAAAUGGGGAGAGAGAUAUAUGGAGAGAUAAAGAGGGAUAGAUAGAUAGAGCGAUCUAUAUAUCUAUAUAUAUUUAUAUAUAUAUAUAUAUAUAUAUAUAUAUAUAUAUAAAUAGAGAGAGGGAGAGAGAGAGAGAGAGAGAGAGAGAUGAGGAGCGUGUGUUAACUCAAAAAAGUUUUCAUAUAUAGAGAGAAAAUAUGAGAGAGGGGGAGAGAGAUAUAUAGAGAGAUAGAGAGAGAUAUAUAGAGAGAGAUAUAUAUAUAUAUAUAUAUAUAUAUAUAUAUAUAUAUAUAUAUAUAUAUAUAUAUAUAAAUAGAGAGAGGGAGAGAGAGAGAGAGAGAGAGAGAGAUGAGGAGCUUGUGUUAACUCAAAAAAGUUUUCAUGAUUGUCUUUUGAAGUUUUUCAAGAAGAUUCCUUUUGAAUUUGAUAUCUAUAGUAACAUUCUCCGCUGAAUCCUACCGUCUCAUUAAUUGAAUUUGAUCAUUAUAGUAGGCUGAUGCCUACAGUAACGUUACCUGCUAAACCCAACGGUCUCAUUAAUUGAAGCUGAUGUCUAGAGUAACAUUAACUGCUAAACCCAACUGUCUCAUUAAUUGAAUCUGAUGUUUACAGUAACAUUACCUGCUAAACCCAACUGUCUCAUUAAUUGAAGGUGAUGUUUACAGUAACAUUACCUGCUAACCCAAACGGUCUCAUUAAUUGAGGCUGAUGUUUAUAGUAACAUUGUCUGCUGAACACAACCGUAUCAUUAAUUGUUUUUAUAAAAUUAUAUCAGUAUAUGGUACCGGCUAGUAAUUAUAUUUUAUUAAUUCCUACAUUAUUUUAACAAAGUUCUAUAAUUAUUAUUUUUGUUACAGAACCGUCCAUUGAUGGCUCAUGUGCAACAACAAUUCCUUGUCGCAACAAUUUAGUGUGUACAAAUAGUCGAUGUGUGUGUACUGCAACUCAAUAUUUUGAUACUGAUUUUGUUUGCAAAGCAAGUAGGUGUGAUGUUUAAAGUUGCGUAGCUUAACUCAAAAAUAGUACAUGUAUUAAACGUAGUAACAAUAGAAUGGGGUUGAUUAAUUUAGAUCAAGCCCCACAAGUAAAGAAAUUAGUUAGUUUAGAUCCAGACCCACAAAGUAAAGAAAUUAGUUAGUUUAGAUCCAGAUCCACAAAUUGAAGAAAUUAGUUAGUUUAGAUCCAGACCCACAAAAUAAAGAAAUUAGUUAGUUUAGAUCCAGACCCACAAAGUAAAGAAAUUAGUUAGUUUAGAUCCAGACCCACAAAGAAAAGAAAUUAGUUUAGAUCUAGGCCCACAAGUAAGUAAAAUAGUUUAGACCUAGGCCGCAAGUAAUAACCAAGAAAUUGGUUAAUUUAGAUAUUUUAAGUGGUGAUUUCACGAUCUGAUAAAUUUAGAAUAUAGUGGUUGCAGUCAGCAAGGCACAAUAUAAAUGUCGAAAAAUGUUUAAACAUUGGCGACCAUUCAAUAUUGAAAACAAAUGAUUACAAUAUCGUUUACAGCUUAUUACAUCUUUAAUUUUUCAGCGAAUGAAAUUAUCAAAUCAAGAAAUAGUUUUACAAAAUUAUAUCUUGCAGGCCUACAAUUUUUUUUAAAUUGUUUUCAUUCUAAAUAAUCAAGAAUUUAGCUAGCGGCGUGAUGGCAUGGAUGUGCUGCUUCAUUGUUUUUGUUGUAAACUUAGUUUUAUUGUUCUAUCCCUAGUGAAGGCAUAUUUUUUAAUUGAAAAAUAUUUUACUAAUUUUUUAUUGAAACUUAGUAGCCUGGAGUAAUUCAAGAUGAGGCAGGAUUUUUUAAAUUGUUAUUAUUUUCAUCUCUCUGAAAUAGAAAUCAACUUCUUCCUGUCAAUCCCUGUGUAGAUAUCCCUAAGCCAACCAUAAUUUUUUUUUUCUUGAAAUAUGAGCAAAAAAGCUAUUAAUUAAAUUCAGUACAAUUUUGUUGUAUCAUUCCAAGGAAAACAAAAAUUUCAUUUAUUACAAAUGUUUGAAAACUAGCUGUAUAAAAAUAAACAUUGAAAUAUUGUUUGAAAUAAAAUCACAUCACAGAAUCAUCGUAUGGCGGCCAAUGUUCAACAACAAUUCUUUGUCUCAACGAUUUAACGUGUAUCAAUAAUCGUUGCAAUUGUACGACCAAUCAGUUUUUGGAUAAUGGUAAUCUCUGCAAAAGCAGUAAGUGUUGUGUUUGAAAAGUAUAAUCUUGAUAAUCUCUGCAAAGUCAUUAAGUGUUGUGUUUGAAACGUAUAAUCUUGAUAGCCUCUUCAAAUCCAGUAAAUUUGUGAUUAAAUUUUCAAUACCAUGAUCAAGUUUCUAAUAUUAUUAUCUUACUCUUUUCAAACUAAAAGGAUAUGCUUGAAAUUAAAUAUUUAAAGUCAAAUUUAACCACUCAAUAUCAGCACACAUUUAAUGAUUUUCUUUAUAUUCCAAUGGAUCAAAAUUAAAUAAAAAAUCUUAUGUCAUGCAGUUUUUUUUAGUUACAAUAUUUUUAAUUGUAUGACUGUAGAAUGAAAUCGAACAUUGUUUAGUACAGAAACUUUAAAAUUAACAGCAAGUAAGUUUUAGAAAUAGUUUGUAAAAAAUUAUAAUUCAUCUGUACCUUUUAACAGCCAAACCGUACGGAACUGUUUGCAUGUCAACGAGAGAAUGCCAGAGCAGUUUGACAUGUGAUGGUACAUGUACCUGUACUUCCUCUGAGUACUUUGACGGCACGUGUAAAACCAGUAAGUACUAAGUGAUGAUGUAGCACAAACUAAACUUCUCCACUUUCCACGAUUAAACGUUUGUUGCAAGCUAAAUAUAAUCAAUUCAAUCAAUAUUUAUGUAGCAUUUCAAGUACAGGAUGUAAUAAAAAUCAUUCAUAUUCAUAAAUCUGUAUCAUUUAAAGCAUUACGAACAAUAACUUGGCCAACUUUAUUAUACUAACAAAUUAAUGUUUGACUUUAACCAACAUGUUAAAGGUAAUCUACACGAGUCUGAUUUUUUAAAGUAAAACAUCAACAACAUGGAAGCAUUAGACCAUAUGCUUACAAAAAUAUUUUUUUAAAAAUUAACAGAGGCAGUUAAUUCAACUUAAGACUUUAGAGCAGCCCCUCUUUAUUUUAUAAUAAAAAUCAAUAUAUGGCAUGAUUGGCGUUAAGAUAGAGUCAAUAUAUAUUAUUUUACAUUUCAUUUUUAAAUCUCAAAUACAGACAAUUCAUACACUUGCAAUUUUAACAUUAUAAGCAAGAAAAAUAUAUAUAGCCUAAAAAAACAUUACAUUUUUUAGCAAAUUGAAUUAUAGAAUCGAUGAUAAUAAUUUUUAAACAAAAUAUUAUGUAUGCCAAUUUUUGUCGUUAUUUUCUGAUUCUAAAAAUAUCAAGACAUAAUCUGUUGUCAUGAUUGCAUGUCUGUGCUGCUAAAUUGAUUUUCUUGUAAAAUAAUUUUUAUUGUUCUAUUCUGAGGGAAGCUAUAUAUUUUUUUUUUAAUUGAGCAAUUUUUUCUUCUUCUCCUUUUGUAUCUUAGUAGCCCGGAGAUAUCAAAACCCUAAUGGUUUUUUUUCCUUCUCAUUCCCACAUUUCUUAAAUUGCAAGUAACUUGCUUCCUGUCAGUUUCUAUAUAUAUAUUUUCCAUAUUUUACCCAUGAAAUAUUAGCAUUUUUCUUGAAAAAGAAGAAAAUUUUUAUUGGUUUUAUUCAGUAGAAUUUUCUUUUAUUAUUUAAAAAAAAAAAAAAAAAAAAAAAGUAUGACUGCUUAUUAAAUAUGGGUGUUAACUAGCUGUAUAAAAUUAAACAUUUAAAAUUGUAUGCAACAAAUAUCACUUCACAGGAUCAUCGUAUGGCGGCCCAUGUUCUGCAACUAUUCUUUGUCUCGACGAUUUAAUGUGUAUCAAUAAUCGUUGCAAUUGUACGAUCAAUCAGUUUUUGGAUCUUGAUAAUCUCUGCAAAGCCAGUAAGUGUUGUGUUUGACUAGAAAAAUCUUGCUAAUAUCUGUAAAGCCAGUCAUUGUUAUGUUGGAAAUUUAUAAUCUUGAUAAUCUUGGUAAAUCUAGUCAGUUUUGUGUUUAAAAUGUAUAAUCUUGAUAGUCUCUGCAAAUCCAGUAAGCUUUAUGUUUAAAAUGACAAUACCAUCAUCCUGUAAGAUAGAUAAUAAUAGUAGAAACUAUUUUUCAAAAUGAAAGGAAAUUCUUAUAAUUAAAUAUUUUCAAGUCAAAUCUAACAACCCACUAUCAGCACACAUUUAAUGAUUUUUCGUUAUAUUUAAAUUUAAGAAAGAUAUUUAACGUUAUUUGGUACAGAAACUUUAAAAUCAUCUUUUAGUAAGAUUUUGAAAUAGUUUGUAAAAAUUUAUAAUUUAUCUGUACCUUUUAACAGCCAAACCACACGGAACUGUGUGCAUGUCAACGAGAGAAUGUCAGAGCAGUUUGACAUGUGAAGGUACAUGUACCUGUACUUUCUCUGAGUACUUUGACGGCACGUGUAAAACCAGUAAGUACUAAGUGAUAAUGUAGCACAAACUAAACUUCUCCACUUUCCACGAUUAAACGUUUGAUGCAAGCUAAAUAUAAUCAAUUCAAUCAAUAUUUAUGCAGCAUUUCAAGUACAGGAUGUAAUAAAAAUCAUUCAUAUUCAUAAAUCUGUUCUAUUAAAAUAAUACAAAACAUGGCUUGGAUUAAACUUAUUAUACCAACAAAUUAACGUAGGACUUCAACCAACAUGUGAAAGCUAAUCUACAGGACUCAUUAUAUCUUAAAAACGAAAACAAAAACAUGAAAGAUGUUAUCCAUAGGUUUAAAGUCUUAUUAUUUACAAUUAACUUGAAAGCAACUAAUCUUUCUUUUACAUAAAAAUGUAUAUCUUGUAUGAAUGAAGUUUAGAUUUUUACCCCCCAAAAAAUUAAAUUAUAUGUUAUUUUAAACUGCUUCAAUUAUAGACGAUACAUGCAUAUAAAUUUUUAACUUUAUCAACAAAACAAACAAGCAAACAAAAAGAAAAUAAUAAUAAUAUUGCUCAAUACAUGUUUACAUUGUUUUAGAAAAAAAUCAAAUCGAGAAAUAAUUCAAAUAUAUUAUAUUUGAUAGGCAUAAACUAUUGUCAUUGUUUUCAUUCUAAUAAAAUAAAGGCUUUACCUAGCGUCAUGAUGGCAUGGAUGUGCUGCUAAGUUUCUUUUCUGGGAAACUUAGGUUUAUUGUUCUACUCCCAGUGAAGCCAUAUUUUUUUAAUGAGCACUACUUUUUCUUAUUUUCCAUUGUAACCUAGUAUUCUGGAGACAUUCAAAACACAUAAGGGUAUUUUAUUCCCAUGUAUCUGAAAUUGGAGCACCUGCUUCCUGUCAGUCACAGUAUAGAUUUCCCAAACUGUCAAAUAUUUUUUUUUUUUUUAAAUACUGGGACAAUGUUAUCGAUUAUAUUUAGGAUAAUUUUUACUUUAAAAAUUCAGAAAAAUCCAGUUAUCUUUAUUUAUUAAUAAUGUUUCUAAAGUAGCUGUAUAAAAAGGAACAUUUAAAAAUUGUAUGCAAUAUUACCCCAUCACAGGGUCAUCGUAUGGCGACACAUGUUUCCGUAACAAUUAUUUGUCUGAACAAUUUAACGUGUAUAAAUAGUCGUUGCCUUUGUACGGCUGAUCAAUUUUUGGAUCUUGAUAAUCAUUGCAAAGCCAGUAAGUGCUCUGCUUGAAAUGUAUUAUUUUGAUUAUCUCUACAAAGAUAGUAAAUGUGCUUAAAAUUUCAAAACAAUCAUCCAGUUUUUAAAAUUAUAUCUUACUCUUUUCAAACUAAAAGGAAAUGCUUUUAAUUAAAUAUUUUAAAGGCACAUUUAACCACUCAAUAUCAGCACACAUUUAUUGAUUUUCUUUAUAUUCCAAUGGAUCAAAAUUAAAUAAAAAAAUCUUAUGUCAUGCAGUUAUUUAGUUACAACAUUUUUAAUUGUAUGACUGUAAGAAUGAAAUCGAACAUUGUUUAGUGCAGAAACUUUAAAAUUAACAGCAUGUAAGUUUUAGAAAUAGUUUGUAAAAAAUUCAAAUUCAUCUGUACCUUUUAACAGCCAAACCGUACGGAACUGUUUGCAUGUCAACGAGAGAAUGUCAGAGCAGUUUGACAUGUGAAGGUACAUGUACCUAUACUUCCUCUGAGUACUUUGACGGCACGUGUAAAACCAGUAAGUACUAAGUGAUAAUGUAGCACAAACUAAACUUCUCCACUUUCCACGAUUAAACGUUUGAUGCAAGCUAAAUAUAAUCAAUUCAAUCAAUAUUUAUGUAGCAUUUCAAGUACAGGAUGUAAUAAAAAUCAUUCAUAAUCAUAAUUUUGUAUCAUUAAAAGCAUUACAAACAAUUACUUGGCCAACCUUUAUCAUACUAACAAAUUAAGGUUUGACAUUAACCAACAUGUUAAAGGAAAUCUACUCUAGUCAGAUUUUUUCAAUUAAAACAUCAACAACAUGGAAGCACGAGACCAUAUGCUUACAAUAAUAUUUUUUUUAAAUUAACAGAGGCAGUUAAUUCAACUUAAGAACAUUAUAACAGCACCUCUUUCUUUUAUCAUAAAAUUAAUAUAUGUCAUGAUUGGUGUUAAGAUAUAUUCAAAACAAAUUAUGUUAUAUUUUAUUCUUAAAUCUCAAAUAUAGACAAUUCAUACACUUGCAAUUUUAACAUCAUAAGCAAGAAAAUAAUAAUAUAGCCAAAAAAAAACCUUACAUUUUUUAUCAAUUGGAAUUAUCGAAUCGAGAAUAAGAAUUUUAAAAAAUAUUAUGUAUGUCAAUUUUUUUUCGCUAUUUUCUUUAUCUAAAAAAAAAAAAUCAAGACCUAAACUGGUGUCAUGAUGGCAUGUCUGUGCUGCUAAAUUGAUUUCCUUGUAAACAUAUUUUUAUUUUCUAUUCUGAAAGAAGCUAUAUUUUUUGCAACUGAGCAAUUAUUUUCUCUUCUUUUCCUUUGUAUUUUAGUAUCCCAGAGAUAUUCAAAACCCAAAAGUUUUUUUCUUUCUUCUCAUUCCCACCUUUCUUUAAUUGGAAGCAACUUACUUCCUGUCAGUGCCUAUACGUAUUUUCCUAAUAUGACCAAUUAAAUUUUAGCUGUUGUCUUGAAAAAAAAAAAGAAAAUCUUAUUGAUUAUAGUCAGUAGAAUUUUCUUUUAUUAUUAAACAAAAUAUAGAAAAAACAUCACUAUUUAUCAAAUAUGUGUGUAAACUAGCUGUUUAAAAUUAAACAUUUAAAAUUGUAUGCAACAAAUAUUACAUCACAGGAUCAUCGAAUGGCAGCCCAUGUUCAACAACAAUUCUUUGUCUCAACGAUUUAACGUGUAUCAAUAACCGUUGCAAUUGUACGAUCAAUCAGUUUUUGGAUCUUGAUAAUCUCUGCAAAGCCAGUAAGUGUUGUGUUUGACUAGUAUAAUCUUGCUAAUAUCUGUAAAGCAAGACAGUGUUGUGUUUGAAAUGUAUAAUCUUGAUAGUCUCUGCAAAUCCAGUAAAUUUUAUGUUUAAAAUGUCAAUACCAUCAUCACAUUUCUAAUAUUAUUAUCUUACUCUUUCGAAAAUAAAAAGAAAUUCUUAUAAUUAAAUAUUUUAAAGUCAAAUCUAACAACCCACUAUCAGCACACAUUUAAUGAAUUUCUUCAUAUUCCAAUUUAAGAAAGAAAUCGUAAAUUAUUUAGUACAGAAGAUUUUCAAUUAAUAGCAAGUAAGUUUUGGAAAUAGAUUGUAAAAAUGCCAUAUUCAUCUGUACCUUUUUAACAGCCAAACCACACGGAACUGUGUGCAUGUCAACGAGAGAAUGUCAGAGCAGUUUGACAUGUGAAGGUACAUGUACCUGUACUUCCUCUGAGUACUUUGACGGCACGUGUAAAACCAGUAAGUACUAAGUGAUAAUGUAGCACAAACUAAACUUCUCCACUUUCCACGGUUAAACGUUUGAUGCAAGCUAAAUAUAAUCAAUUCAAUCAAUAUUUAUGUAGCAUUUCAAGUACAGGAUGUAACAAAAAUCAUUCUUUUUCAUAAAUCUGUUCUAUUAAAAGAAUAAAAAACAUAGCUUGGAUUAAAAUAGUUAUACCAACAAAUUAACGUAUGACUUCAACCAACAUGUGAAAGCUAAUCUACAGGACUCGUUAUAUAUUAGAAACGAAAACAAAAACAUGAAAGAUGUUAUCCAUAGGUUUAAAGUCUGAUUAUUUACAAUUAACUUGAAAGCAACUCUUCUUUCUUUUACAUAAAAAUGCAUACCUUGUAUGAAUGGCGCAUUUAGAUUUUAAAAAAAAUAAUUAAAUUAUAUUUAAUUUUAAACUGCUUCAAUUAUAGACGAUUUAUGCAUAUACAUUUCUAACAUCAUCAACCAAGCAAGCAAACAAACAAACAAAAAACAAUAAUAAUAUUGCUCAAUACAUGCUUACAUUGCAAAAGAAAAUCAAAUCGAGAAAUAGUUCAAAUAAAUUAUAUUUGAUAGGCAUAAACUAUUGUCAUUGUUUUCAUUCUAAUAAAAUAAAGGCUUUACCUAGCGUCAUGAUGGCAUGGAUGUGCUGCUAAGUUUCUUUUCUGGGAAACUUAGGUUUAUUGUUUUACGCCCAGUGAAGCUAUAUUUUUUUAAAUUAGCAUUACUUUUUCUUAUUUUCCAUUGUAACCUAGUAUUCUGGAAAAAUUCAAAACACAAAAGGGUAUUUUAUUCCCAUGAAUCUGAAAUUGGAGCAACUGCUUCCUGUCAGUCACAGUAUAGAUUUCCCAAACUGUCAAAUAUUUAUUAUUUUUUUUUUUUAAAUAUGUGGACAAUGUUAUCGAUUAUAUUUAGGGUAAAUGUUUCGGUAUAAUUCAGAAACAUCCAUUUAUCACUAAUUAUUAAUUAUGUUUCUAAAGUAGGUGUAUAAAAAUAACCAUUUAAAAAUUGUAUGCAAUAUUACCCCAUCACAGGGUCAUCGUAUGGCGACACAUGUUUCCGCAACAAUUAUUUGUCUGAACAAUUUAACGUGUAUAAAUAGUCGUUGCCUUUGUACGGCAAAUCAAUUUUUGGAUCUUGAUAAUCAUUGCAAAGCCAGUUAGUGUUCUGCUUGAAAUGUAUUAUUUGAUUAUCUCUACAAAGAUAUUAAAUGUGCUUAAAAUAUCAAACCAGUCAUUCCAAGAAUAAAAGUUUGAUGAAAGUAUAAUCAAUUCAACCAAUACUUUGGGAGCACUCGAAGUACAGGGAGUUAUACCCAUUAUUCAUAAUCAUAAAUCUUUAUCUUUAAAACCAUUACAAAUAUUUACUUGGCCUAAAUUGAUCUUGAUAAUCUCUGCAAAGCGUGUAAGUGUUGUGUUUGCAAUUAUAAUCUUGAUAAUCUCUGAAAAGCCAGUUAAUGUGCUUAAAAUGUAUAAUCUUAAUAAUCUCUUUAAAUCCAAUUAGUGUUAUCUUUGAAAUGUAUAAUCUAUACACUCUCUUAAAAGCCCAUAUGUUCCGUGCUUAAAAUGUUAAUACAAACAAUUCGCUUUUUAAUAUUUUUUUAAAUAAAAGAAAAUGCGUUAUAUUUGAAGUUUUUAAAAAUCAAAUCUAACCACCUAAAAGCAGCAUAUUAUUAUUAAAUUUCUUUUAAAUCAAAAUAUAUCACAAUCAAAUCAAAAUUUUCCUGGUACCAAUUAUUAGUACAUCGCUUUUAAUUGUAUGAUUCUAAGAAUGAAUACGACGAUUUUUACAUUUUUUCCUCCAAUGUCAGUUUCUAUAUAAUAGUAUAAGUAUCUUCUAUAAAUAAGAUUAUGGAGAAAAAAAACAUUCAUUAUAAAAUGUUAAAUCAAAAUUAGCAGAAAUUUAAUGAACAUGGGUUAAACACAAAUCCGUGUAUUACGUAUAUACGGAUAAAUGUACUUUGGGAUAAAGAUUGUUCUGCAAAUGCGAUGUUUAAAUUGCGGGGCGCAUACGGUUCUAUAAUACUGUUCCAUAAUUACACAGUAGUAUAAUUUUUUAUUUACACAAAUGCAUGGUAGAAAGUUCCAUAUUUUUAGAUGUUUUCUCGAACAGCCCUUUGUAAAUAAGAAUAAAAAUGACAGAUAGGCUUACUUGGCAUGAUAUUAAACAUCGUCUCUACGUAAAGUAGAAUAGCUUAAAAAAAUUUUGUUACACGAUAUUGUUAAUUUGCAUUCUAAGGCUUAUAAAAGAGUAUCGUUUAGAAUUACUUUUGGCAUAGUCCUUUGAUGUGUAUUUGGUGUGGAUAUAUAUAUGAUAUUAUAUUUAUUUUCUCCUAUCCUUUAAUCAUUUGGUUUUUUUUUUCAAAAUGAAAAAAAAAAAUACAAAGGUUGAUGUUUUUUGUUGCCUAAAUAUUUUUCAUAAUAUUUAAAAAAAAAAAAUAUAUUUUUUUUCUAUUGUCAUUGGAACUAUAUUUAAUUUUAUUUAAGGGGUAAAUUUAAAAGGAAAUUGUUUUGCUGACUCUCAAUGUGCAAAGAACUUGACAUGUAUUGGUGGUAGAUGUAACUGCAGGC